AUGGCACCAGCCAACAAUAGCUCACCUGCUACACUCUCUGAGUUUCUCCUCAUCUGCUUCCCUGGCUACCAGAGCUGGCAGCACUGGCUCUCCCUGCCCCUGAGCCUACUCUUCCUCUUGGCCAUGGUGGCCAAUGCCACCCUCCUAAUCACCAUCCGACUGGAGGUCUCUCUGCAUGAGCCCAUGUACUACCUGCUCAGUCUUCUCUCCUUGCUGGACAUCGUGCUCUGCCUCACUGUCAUCCCCAAGGUCCUGGCUAUCUUCUGGUUUGAUCUCAGGGCCAUCAGUUUCUCUGCCUGUUUCCUCCAGAUGUUCAUCAUGAACAGUUUCCUUCCCAUGGAGUCAUGCACCUUUAUGGUCAUGGCAUAUGAUCGCUAUGUGGCCAUCUGCCACCCCCUGCGCUACCCAUCCAUCAUCACUGAUCAAUUUGUGGUCAAGGCUAGUGUAUUUAUCAUGGCCAGAAAUGCUCUCCUUACUGCACCCAUUCCAAUCCUUUCAUCCAGACUUCAUUAUUGUGGAAAAAAUAUAAUUGAGAACUGCAUCUGUGCGAACUUAUCUGUGUCCCGACUUUCCUGUGACAAUUUUACUUUCAACCGAAUUUACCAGUUUGUGGCUGGUUGGACUCUGCUUGGCUCUGAUCUCAUCCUCAUCUUCAUUUCUUAUACCUUCAUCCUUCGGGCAGUGCUGAGAAUCAAGGCUGAGGGGGCUGCAGCCAAGGCCCUGAGCACUUGUGGCUCCCACUUCAUUCUCAUCCUCUUCUUCAGCACCAUCUUGCUGGUUGUUGUUCUGACAAAUGUGGCCAGGAAGAGAGUUCCCAUGGACAUCCUGAUCCUUCUCAAUGUCCUCCAUCACCUCAUCCCCCCAGCCCUGAAUCCCAUUGUCUAUGGUGUGAGGACCAAGGAGAUCAAACAAGGCAUCCAGAAGUUACUGAAAAGGAGGGUGUGA